CAUCCAUCUUGGCGGAGCCUUAAUGGUCUUACCAAAGAAAGGGAUUUCCAUGACUGGUACUAUUCAAUAAUUUCAAGUAUCAUGGACCUCGACGCCCUCAUCACGAAUUACUUCCGACUCGGCGACACCCACCUUGAAACUGUUGCAACUUUAUCAACAGUCCAUGGUGUUGCGCUGAGUGAGCGCACCCUACAACGACACCUGCAGCGUCUUGGACUAUAUCGUCGGAAGAAUCAAUCUGAUUUAGCUGAUGUUGUAAGGUUCCUUCGAGAACAGCCUCAGCAAUGUGGCCAGCUGCAUGGUUACAGGCUUAUGCAUCGCAGAUUACUUCAGGACGAUCUGGACAAAAUGGCGGAGGUUUGGGAUGGACAGCGGAUUAGGAAGAACAAACAAGAGCAUUUGGCGUAUGGCAGACCCCUUACGAUGUUUGAGCUUCCACAGUUGUACAACACUAUGGACUACCUGAAACUAGUGGAUCGGGAUAGGGUGAAUGUGUGUAAGGAGGAAUGUCUCUUCAAUGACAACUAUCCUUGCGAUGAGGACCUCUUCAACUAUGCCUGUUUACUUAUGGGAGCCGCUGGACGCAGGGCCCCUAAUACUCCAGAAGAGGCUAUCCAUCUUUACAUUGAUCUAAGAAGACACCUACGAAGAGCUUUAGCUUUAGCGAAUUAAUACAUGUUCCGUUCACUAAUAAGAUGCUCAUCACUGGCAGGUUGUCAAAGAAGAAAGAACUCCUUGCAAAAAAAGAGACGAUUUGUAUGGCGAAGCCAUAUCAGUGCUAUUAUGUUUUGCCCUUGGAUUAGAAUGGUCGCAAAUGAAUUUGUUUGUUUCUUAUUGAGAACCAUCAAUAAAGUUCCAGUGUGCGAAUAUUUUUCGUUGUGAUUGCGU